AUGCUGCACGGAGCGCACGGCGCGGAGCGCCGGCUGAACUUCCCCCACGCGGCGGCGACCUCCAUCGAGGGCGGAAUCCGCAUGCGCCCCGUCGUGGUCUCCCGCGCAACGGCGGAGUCCCUCCUCCGCGCGGCGCGCAACCUCGCCGCGUCCGCGACCGGCGCGGAGUCUGCGGCCGCGGAAGCGGACACGAAGUCGUUCAACAGCGAAUGGGUACAGCUGGAAAUCGCGGGCGGUAACGUCCUCUUUGCGGAGUGCCCCGCGCCCGGGCUCCUCCCAUUCACCCCCAUCGCUCCAGCUCCCGCCGUUGCGCCGUCGGUCCCCGCUGCCGCCCCCGCGCCUGCUGCCAAUCCCUCAUCUUCUCCUGUCCCCACUCUCUCGUCUUGCGACAACCUGCCCGUCGCAUCGUUCACAAGUGCCGCCGACGUCGCAGACGUUGCGUGCUUCAGCAGUUACAACGACAGCAGCUCUAUUCUGGAGCUUCCAGAGCUCCACUGGCCGGAAAUCGAGAAGUCCGAGUCGACACUCUUCGAGGACGCCUGGAAUCUGUCCGAUGAGGAGCUUUUCGGCUCCGUUUCCGCUUCCGCCUCCGCCUCCGCUUCCGCUUCCCCCUCCCGCGACUCGGCCUUCGCCUGGGAGUCCGAGUCCGCCGCCGCGCUCGAGAGCCCCGUUCCGUUUUUCCCGGUCGAGGACGAGGGAAUUCAGUUCGUGCCGUCUCCGCCGACGUUUCCGCCGGUGUUCCCUGCACCUGUCGACGCGCCCUUGUCGCCGUCUUCCUCUUACGGCAGCGUGUCGCGCUCCGCUUCCGUCGGCACGGCCUCCGCCGCCUCCGCGGGCUCCGCGGGGAACGCGCAGCAGCAGCAGCGCGCGGACGUGCUGGUGUCGCUGGUGCGCGAGUUGACGAGCAUCACGGCGGUCCUCAUGAUGAUUGUCUUUCUUUCCGAAAGCCAACCUCCUGACGAGCUCGAGAGGAGUUGGUACCUUACCUUUCUCCUCGGACCGUCCUCAAGCCCUUGUCGAAAAUGUCUCUCUCCUGAAAAUGUCGAAGGUCCUAAAUUCCUCAACCCGAACCUGCUCUUCUCCUAA